AUGACACGAGGAAAGCCACUGCCGCAAGCCGAAAUUCUCGACCAAUUAUUAACAAAAUUCUUGGGACACAGCUACAGUGAUAAUACUGUCGGUAACAUCAUCUUAGGAAAAUCUGUUGGAAACAAACACGUAGAUCCGACUAGUGAGAAUCUCGACAUUAAUGUGCUAGACGUGUAUAGUGCCAGAAAAAUUAUAAGCUUUGCAAAGCAGAAACAUGAAGAGCGUACAAUCGCUGAACUCACACGUCGUCAAAAAAACUUUAGACGUUUUCAUAAGGCAUUAGUCGACACAAAUCCCAAUAACACAUACAUCACCGACAAAGCCAUGCACUUCUUGCAGCAAAGCAUUUACGCUACAUUGGCAAGAAUGAACGUAACAUAUCCGUUCCAAAAGAAAUACCAUAAUUAUCUUAGCUACCAAAUAUCUGUUCUGUACGGUUCUGCUUUAGCCACUAUAGCCAAAAUGGAGAGUCUUUUGGCACAAAUGAAAACUUUUACUCAGAAGACGCAUUUCAUAUGGUUUCUUUUUAUAUAUGAGAAGAUACUGACUUGCAAUAUUGACAUAACUAACAUUGUUCAGAGGAUAUUUAUAUUGCAUGAGGAAUAUAUAAUGAACAGAGGUCCGAAGAAAGGGGCGAAUGAUAAUGCGAAAGCAGCAUCACCUUCACCACCUUCUGAUUUUGAUGAAGAAGCUAUGCAUCCUCCAUCACAUAAGCGUGGAUAA